AACAACAACAACAACAACAAUUAUCAAGAACUGGACAACAAUACGAUUCUCAACAACAAUCACGAUCAAAUUCUCGACCACAACAACAACAACAACAACAAUUUAAUAUGAUUGGAACAUCUUCAAUGCCAAUAACAUCAGCAAUAACAUCGACAAUAAAUUCUACAACAGGAUCAUAUACCGAACAACAACAACAACAACAACAACAGCAAAGAAAUAUGAGUGGUGUUGGUAUUCAAGGACAAUCUUCAAAUUGUAAUAAAAUAAUAAUGACAUCAUGUUCAAUAUGUCAUAGAGAUAUAGAACAAAAUUUAUUGAUCAAAUGUAGUGAUUGUUUUAAAAUGUUUUGUCAACAAUGUGGACAACAAGAUCCAAAUAGACAGAUACGAUGUUGUAUUGAAUGUUAUAAAAGACGACAAUUAUUACCGCCUAGUCUAGUGCCUCCGCCAUCCGUAUCAUCAUCAUCGACAACAUCGAUGAAUCUAAAUUCUUCCAAUUUAAAUCAACAACAACAACAACCGUAUUCGAAUCAAAUUAUGCCACAAACAUCUUCAUCAACAACAAUGAAUUCUUUCGAACAACAACAACAACAACAGCAACCAAUUAUUCAACAACAACAAUUAAAUUCACAAAAUAUUCAAUCAUCAAUGAUUCAAGAUAGCAAUUACUUUCAACAACAACAACAACCAAAUCAGUCAGGUAUGAUCAUACAGCAAGAACAACAACAGAAUUUAGGUCAACAACAACAGCCAAAUAUUUUUAAUAAUCAAACGGAUAGUUCGACAAAUCAAUCUAGCUCAUCAAUGAUUAAUAUUGGUUGUAAUAAUAAUCAAAUGAUUGGACAACCAAAUUCAAUGAAACAACAACAACCAACAACCAUGCCAAAUAUUUCAAGUCAAUCUAUGCCAAAUGCACAACAACAACAACAACAACAACAACCGUUCAUGCAAACAAAUACAAAUAUGAAUUAUACGAAUCAACCGUCGACAAAUGUCACAAGUCAACAACAACAAUUGCAACAAACUGGAAUUCAUGGACAACAAUUUAUGGAUUCCACAACUAGGACAAAUUUAUUAUAUAAUCCAGAUGGAACCAUACAACAACCUCAGCAAUCAUCAUUGAAUCAGAAUCAAGCACUUAUGCAGCAACAACAACAACAACAACAACCUCAAAAUUUACAGACGAUGAUUCAACAAAAAAAUCCAACAACAUUAUCAAAUCAACAAUGCCUAAAUCAGUCUUCCGAAAUGAUUGAUGCAUAUGGUCAACCAAUGAUCAAUCGUUCUGUUCAAGAUUCCCAACAAAAUUUACAGCAACAAAAUUUUCCGAUGGGGCAACAACAAAUUUCAAAAUCAAUGCCUCAACAACAACAACAACUUAUAGCAAUUACUGGACCUGAUGGUAUGACUGAAACGAUAAAUUCAUUAUCACAGCAUCCACAACAACAACAACAACAGCCAACACAAUUAACAUUAAUGGGACAACAACAGAAUGCAUAUGAAAAUGGUCAAUCUUUAAACAACAAUAACAAUAACAACAACAACAACAAUGAAAAUAAUUUGAAUGAACUUGAUGAAUAUGGUUAUUUAAAUUUUGAAAUUGAUGAAGAAUAUGAACGACAAGUUCCUGGAAUUCAAAUAGGUAAUCAGCAACAGCCACAACAAUCAUACGAUAUGACCAAUACAUCAAUGUCGAUGAUGGUCACACCAAAACAACAAUCUUCAUCAACAUUACAAGAUUCACAGAACAUGAUCAAUAUGAACCAAUUAAUAAAUUCUCAACAACAACAACAACAAAAACAACCACAACAAUCAAUUGGUAUUGGAUCACAAAUGAAUAAUACACAACAAUUAUCGAAUAAUUUUAAUCGUAUGGAUAUUGAUCAAUCGUUAAUGUAUCUAUUACAACAAGAUAUAUCAAUGGCAAAUCCAUUAUUAACACAACAACAACAACAACAGCAAACAAAUCAGAUGUCAACAAUGGCUAUUAAUCCAGCAAUGCAAACACAAGCUGGAUUUUCACAACAAAAUGAUCAACAAAUGGACAGUCGAUUUAUGAAUAAAAUAAUGUCACAACAACAGUUUCAACCACAGCAACAACAACAACAACAACAACAACAACAACAACAGGCAAAUUCGAUACAAUCAAUGAAUAAUAAUUUUAUUGGUCAAAAUAAUCAAACAAAUCAAUUUAUGCAGUCAAAUUCUAAUUCACAAAUUUCACAACAAAAACAACAAUGCCAACAAUCAUCAUUAUCUAGUGGACAAAUGAAUCGAAAUUCUAUCGAAAGUGGAAAUAAUUUGACAAAUGAAAUAUCAUCAUCGUUUGAUGUUAAUGGUCAACAAAGAAUUAAUCAGCAAAAUGAAAUGCUUAUUCAAAUGUCCAAAUCUAUGAUUAAUCAACCACAGCAACAGCAGCAACCAACACCAUCAUCAAUGAUUAAUACUACAAUGCAUCGUUCAAUGCCCUUAUAUAAUAUGGCUGGCCAAUUACAACAGCAACAACCAUCAUCAAAAAUUAUCGAUAAUAAUAAUAAUGUGCCAACAGAUUUUCAUCAUUCUCUUAUCUCAUCAUCAUCAUCAUCCGCCCAACAACAAAAUCCAGGAAUAACGAUGAAUCGUUUGAAUCAAUCGACAGCAAUACCAAGAGAAUAUCAACAAUCAAAACAACAACAACAACAGAUGGCAGCAAUAUCAUUGGAUCAACAACAGCAACAGCAAGGAUGGCAACAUUCGACAGAAUUAUCUCCAAUUUUGGAUGUUUCACCAUCGAUCGAAGCGGCUGAAGCUCAAGAAAUUCUUGAAAAACGUCGUAAUACUCUACAAACAACGGCUCGCCAAACAACUAAUAAUCUGGGAACUGAUAUGACCAGCAUUAGCGGAAUGAUUGAUGAUUUUAAUCGAGCAAUCGAAACAUUAAGUUUGAAUCAACGCGGAAACGGAAUCAACAUUAACAACAGCAGCAGCAGUAGUAGUAGUAGCGGUAUUAAUAAAAAUAAUCAAUCCAGAAUAGAUGGAGAUACGAAUAAACAACUAAACAAAUUUAACUUACCACCACCAUCAUCAUCAUCUUCAUCAUUAUAUCAGAGUUCAAACAGUAUUAAUAAUAAUAAUAAAAGUAAUAAUAAAUCAAUGUUGUCAAGAAGAGCAAGUACCGGAACAGCUGAAUUGAGCUAUGAUCAAUAUCAUCCAAUCAUUGGUGGUAAACAAAAUCGUAUAAUGCCAAACAUUUCUUCGACAAACAAUGCUGAUGAUAUGAAAAAAUUAUUUGAAACAACAUUGACCCGUACAGCAUCAUCAUCAGUACCAACAACAACAACGACAGCAACAACAACAACUAUAACGACAACAACAAGCAAAACGGGAAUAAUGAACACAGCUGGUAAUAUUACCAGUACAUCUACCGAUUUGGAAUCAUUAAAACAACAGAAAGCAUUAAUAGCAACGAAUACACAGAUUGAACAACAACUACAGAAACAGCAACAAAUUCUCAUACAACAACAACAACAAUUUUUGCAAAUUCAGCUCGAACAACAACGAUUACAGAAUCAAUUACAAGAAAAAAAGGCCCAAUCUGAACGACAACAACAACAACAACAACAAAAAACAAACAAUGAUAAUGUUAAUGCUAAUAAUCUAGGUCAGACAAAUAAUAAUAAUGAUAAAAUGGUAGCAAAAUUAAGUGAUAAAAAUCGUGAAAUUGCUGUCAACACCGAUGAUCAUUUGGUUAAUAAUCAUCAUACAAAUCCACAUCAUCAUCGUGGACAAACAACAAGACAAACAACAUCAUUGUUGAAAAAAGAUAAACAAGUUUCGACCAUGUCAACAACAUCUCCAUUAUCAAUGCAUGAUAGAAAUGUAUCAAAUCAACAACAACAAUCUUCGGCCAUUGUAAAUGUUCGAGCAUUAGGUCCAAUGGAUCAAUCAUUACCUGAUCAACGUGAUACAUCUCGAUAUCAUCAACAGCAACAAAGAAUUCCUUCGUUAUCAAUGCAAACUUCAUCAUCAUCAUCAUUGCAUCGUCGUUUACCUCAUCCAACUGGUGAUGAGAUUCUAAACCAUCAGCAACAAUAUGGCCAUACAAGUCGACCAUCAUCAUCGAUUACAACAACAAGCGCAUCGCAACGUUCUAGUUCGCCUAAAACUUCGACACGUAAAAUUAAUCCCAAUACUAGAAUUACAUCAUCGGUCACAUAUCGUCCAAAUAUUGUGACCAGUAUAGCGUCGUCAAAUGCAAACACAUACAAAAAUCCAUCCGUUUCAAAUGUUAGUUCCAUAUUGGCACAGAAAAAGGAAUCAUUCGUUGCCAAUAAAGUAUCAAAAUCGUUUGGUUUACAUUUCGGAACAAGUGGAACACCUGCAUCUACAUCUACGAAUGAACGAAUUGCAUUAAACACUUUAGGAUAUUUAGAUUUGGAUACGAAAAAUGUUUCAUUCGAAACAGGUUUAAGUGGUAAAAAUAAACGACGAAAACUUCCCGAAGUACCGAAAGAUGAAGAACCGAUUUCUUCAAUCAUCAAUACGAAAAAAUUGAUGAAAGAAAAAUUAAGUGGACGAAAUCCAUUGGCACGUAGUGCACCACCACUUAAAUCAUCAUCAUCAUUAGAUAGUUCAUUUGGUAUUGGCCUAUUUGGUGAACCAAACAGUAGUUGUGGGGGUGGUGUGGGCGCUAUUAGCAGCCAAUCAAUUCCACCAAGACCUCAAUCACCUUAUUCAUCAAAUUCGGAUAUAACACAUUUUCUUGCCUCAACAUAUGGACGACAUCAUUUAUUGAAAAGUCCGACCAAUACCGAUAUUGCCAAAGUGACUAAUAAACAAUUUAAAUCUGCAUCUGAACAUAAUGCAUCAAAAUAUGAACAUCCUCAUCAUCAUGGUAGUAAAAUUAUGACAUCGGCCAAUUUUGCUAAUGAAAUUAAAAAUAUUCAACAAAAAAUUCUUGAAGAAUUGAAAACAGGCGAAUUAGCUAAUUCAUCAAAUUUUAUGAAUAACAAAAGAUCUAAUCAAACUAAACUCAAUACUUUAACUGGUAUUGGAACUGAUUAUCAAAGUUAUCGAAGUCUAUUAGACAAUAGUUUAUUGGAUAAUAGUCCUACCGCAGGUUAUAAUCGUAAUUAUCAAUCAAGAAAUUCAUACAACUUGCGUAAUACAUUGAAUAUGACAAACAGAUAUAAUCGUAAUCAUUAUCCAGGUGUAGGUGUAAAGAAUAAUAUUUUUAAAUCAUAUGAAUAUGAAUCAUUGAAUCCGGUCCGUUAUGGUGAAGAUAAAUAUCGUCUCACACGUCCAAUGUCAUCGAUUUUGUUUUAUGAAAAUUCUGCUUCAACGAAUGCAGCCAGAGAUACAUUGUUACAUGGAAAUCAACAACGUUCAUUCCAGAAUCUAUCACCACUACGGUAUUCUCAUUUGUCAAAACGUCAUUCUAAAUAUGAUCGAUUAAAUUCAUUGUAUCGUAAAUAUGAUUUGGCUACGGCUAAUCAUUCAUCAUUCACUGAUAUGAAUCGUUAUGGCCAAAAUCGUGAUCUUCUAUACGGAACCAAUGAUGUUAUUAAUAAUCGAGAUCUGAAAAAUUAUACCUCACGUUCAUGGCAUCCAUCACCAUAUGUUUCAGAUGUAUCAGAUGAUGAAGAUUUUGAUCAGGAUCUUAGUGUGGAAGAAAAAACAGCCAAAGUUCGUGCCGAAAUCAAACGUCGUCGACAACGAUUAGCAGAUUCUGAUCGUCUAUAUAGACAUUAUUCAUUUGAUGAUUACAAUUGUCUUAAUAGUGAUCGUUCAUUAUUAGAUGAUCCACUUGAUUCAUCAUUUAACUAUCUGAUUUCACAAUCAUCCGAUCAUUCUCAUCAUCAUCAACCUUUCACUUAUGAUAAAUAUGAUGGUUUAAAUGAUUAUUCAUUGCUUGAAUCCAAAGAAAAAUAUUACAGUGAUGAUCUUAAUGCAUAUUCACAAAAUAAUCAAAAGGCUGGUUUAUAUUAUAGUUCCUAUCCUGAUUAUUCAUUAUCAUCUGCAUCAAGACAUCAUCAACAAAAUCGAAUGUAUGAUUCUCGUUUAUCCAAUACCGGAUAUGGUUAUGGUCCACAUGGUGAUGAUUUAAAUUAUCAUCAUCAGAUGAGUCCAUAUGGAGCAUCAUCGAUGCCUUUGUUAACUGAACAACAACAGCAACAACAACAACAACAACAACAGGUAAAUUAUCGUACAAGAAAAACAAUGGAUGAUUUUGGUAUCAACAACAAUGGCUAUCGAAAUAAUACUGGAUAUGAUGAUUCGUUUAAUUAUAUGCGAAGUUCGCCCAAAAAAACUCAAUUCGCGCCAAAUUCCACACGUAAUCCAAAAUAUCCGUUUCCGAUCAAACGAAUACUAUUAACACAGGAUCCAAAAAUACGUUCAAUGGAUGGGGAUGGUCUAGGAUUGAAAGUGAUUGGUGGAAAGGAUAUACCUGGUACAAAUAUGAUUGGAGCUUAUAUUGCAAGAAUACAUUCAAAUCUAUCAAUGAAUGGAGAGAUACGUGAAGGAAUGCAAGUGAUCGAAUGGAAUGGAAUACCAUUGACUGGAAUUUCACAUGACGAAGUAUCACGUAUUAUUGCCAAUCAAAUUGGUGAUGAAAUCGAGGUCGUCAUUCGUACUGAUAUUAAUUUAUUACAAAAUCAAUAUGGCCAUUAUAAUAACAACAAUAUGGCCCCAGGUCCAAAUCCUGGUUAUUAUGGAUCACAGGGUUAUGGUUAUGGACCACCACCACCACCUGAUAGUGGUUAUGGUCCGCCACCUGGUCCACAACCACCUUCACAACCUUUAUGUUAUUCAAACACCGGUUAUGGUCAGCCGCCAUCGAUUAAUAUUCAUCAAAAUAUGAAACCACCACCUUCAUCAACACAACCACAAGUGAUUCUUCAACACAAUCAUCCAGUGGAUGAAAACUAUCAAAUGGUCUAUGAUCAAUAUGGAAAUCGUGUUCCAGCUCCAUUAUCUUCUUCUGUGCUUCCGAUUUCUACUGGACAACCGUUACCACAUCAUCAUUCAAAUAUGAUGGCUGGUGGACCAAUGCCAGGAUUACUACAUCAACAACAACAACAACAACAUCCGCUACCACCACAAAUGCCACCAUCACAAGGAACAAUGAUGCCACCGCAAUUAUCAAUGCAUCAUCAAGCGCCACCACCAUGUCCAUAUUGAUUGAAAUCAUUGUCAUUGAUAAAUUAAACCAUCAAGCCAUUUAUGCUUUAUAGCAUCCUAAAACAAUAAUCCAUCGAAAAAAAAACUUUAGAUUUUAAUGUC